AUGAGCACCACGGAGAAACGGGCAAACACAGAUGGAGACCUGGAGACUGGCAGGGCUGAUACGAGGCCCCUGUCCCUGCAGUGCUGCCUGCUGUUCCUCUCUGUGGCCACCUUGACCGGGGGUGCCGGAGCAAUCCCAGUUCCUGAGCCCAGCAAAGACUGCACAUCCUCACUCCAGUCCCUGCCGCGGAGCUGCAAGGAAAUUCAGAAGAGGUGUCCCAGAGCCAAGGAUGACCUGUACUUACUCCGCACCAAGCAAGGGCUCGUCUACCAGACCUUCUGUGACAUGAGCAUGGACGGCGGCGGCUGGACGCUGGUGGCCAGCGUGCAUGAAAACAACAUGGCUGGGAGGUGCACGGUGGGGGACCGCUGGUCCAGCCAGCAGGGCAACCGGGCCGACACCCCCAAGGGCGACAACAACUGGGCCAACUACAACACCUUUGGGACUGCAGAGGCAGCCACUAGCGACGACUACAAGAACCCCGGCUACUACGACAUCCAGGCUCAGGACCUGGGCAUCUGGCACGUCCCCAAUGACACCCCGCUACCCUCCUGGAGGAACAGCUCCCUGCUGAGGUACUUCACCUUCUCGCGUUUCUUCCGGAGACUCGGAGACAAUCUGUUUGGCCUCUACCAGAGAUACCCCGUCCAGUACAACCUCGGCAAGUGCUGGAAUGACAACGGCCCGGCCGUUCUUGUGGACUAUGACUAUGGGAGUCCCCAGAAAACCGCCUCCUACUACUCCCCCAUGGGUCAACGGGAAUUUGAGGCUGGAUUUAUCCAAUUCCGGGUGUUUAAUAACGAGAGAGCAGCCAACGCCCUGUGUGCAGGGAUGAGAGUUACCGGAUGCAACACAGAACACCACUGCAUCGGAGGAGGGGGCUUCUUCCUGGAGGACAACUCCAGGCAGUGCGGGGACUUCUCAUCGUUUGAUGCAAAUGGCUAUGGAACACACAGAGAUUACAGCAACAGCCGGGCCAUCACUGAGGCGGCCGUGCUGCUCUUCUACCGCUGA